AUGGCGACUCACCGUGAAGGACUCAGUGAUAAGCCGCACGACUGGUGCAUGAUUCCUGCUGGCACACUCAUGAAGACACAAAAAGUCAUUACAAUUGACGGAAUGCUUCCAGUAGAAGACGCGUGUGGUAUUUUGAUCAAAAACAACAUAUCGUCAGCACCGGUAUUUGAUAGCACGCAGUCGGCACCCGAGUAUGUGGGCAUGUUUGAUUACGGCGAUGUGAUUGCCUAUCUUUUGCUUGUCUUGUUGGACCAAGUCCCAGGCCAUCUUCAACAACAACAACAACAACAACAACAACAACAACAACAACAACAGGGUUCGGGUGAGGACGCGACUCUGGAGAUUACAGAUAUCAUUCGUCGUGCUAUUUACGGACAGUCUGUUCCCGUAAAACUUGCGAGUGAUCUUUCUCAAAAGAAUCCAUUCUAUUCGAUUCUCCCGGAGUCAACCUUGCUAUCGGCCAUUGAAGAGUUUGCUUGUGGUACACAUCGCGUAUGUGUUAUGGACCCCAAUGGUGGCAUCCAGGGUAUCUUGUCACAAUCAACAGUCGUCGAAUAUCUCUACAACAAUCGAAAACAGUUUCCUACCAUUGAGAAGCUCUUGGGCCAAACGCUACGUCAGCUGGGCUUGGGUGAGACAGACGUAAUAAGUGCAGGCGCAGAUGCGCGUGUCCUCGAUGCACUUUCAUUAAUGAGCCAACACGGAGUCUCCUCUGUGGCCGUGGUGGGCGCCAAUGGAGUUGCCCUGGGUAACAUUAGCAUGACGGACAUCAAGCAUGUGAUGAAGGAUUUCAAACACAAACUGCUGUGGAUAACUUGUUUCCAAUUUGUGAGCAUGGUACGAACCGAGCAAGGCAUCGAGGAUGGGCAGGACCGCUUGCCCGUAUUCGAUGUCCGGCUGGACACACGUCUUGGAUUUGCGAUCGCCAAACUGCUAGCCACUCGAUCCCACCGUGUAUGGGUCACCGACGACAUGGGCAGACCCAUUGGCGUCGUGUCGCUCACAGACAUAUCGCGUGUUAUUGCCGAGAGCGCAGGCGUACAGACCACGGGCUAUCCCCGGCGUGCGAGUGUAGCAGUGCGAGGCGGUCUUAAUACUACUACUACAUGA